GGGAGGUAGGUCGUAUGGUGCCUGGGUGACGGCGGUGACCAGUCAGUGUGAAUUCGACCUUGGUGGACUGCAGACGUCGUUACUCCCCUCCCAUCUCGACACUCGUCACUCUAUACCUGUGUGUGUGUGAACGAUGUCGGCGAAGGAAUUACCGGUAAUAGAUCUACGCCUGGCGAAGGGGACGACAAGGGGAGCGCUGGUAAAACAACUUCGGGAGGCGCUAACUGAUGUGGGUUUUAUUUAUCUAGCUGGCGUUGACGGGUGCGAUGAAGGUGAACUGCUGAGGCUAACACACUGGUUCUUCAGCUUGCCGAUAGAGACGAGGAUGAAGAUAUCCAAGAAGAGCUUUAAUCCAGCCUCUGACUAUGAGUACAGAGGCUACUUCCCAGUUAUCCAGGGAGAGGUGUCUCAUAAAGAAGGGUUCGAGGUAGGUGCCAAGCUUGAGACCCAACUCAGCUCUCCUGAUAAGUUGGAAGAGAAGAUCUUCUACGAGGAUAACCAGUGGCCUGUAGACCCCUCUGGCGAUACCACCUUCACCGACUACUUCAGGACGUGGAUGGAAAACUACCACCAAAAGAUGACCGAAGCGUCGCUGGAGUUACUUCGUCUCAUAUCGGAAGGUUUCGACGCCCCGACUGAGUUCUUCACCCCCCUCUUCACCCCUGACCACCUCUCCACCCUCCGACUCAUCCACUACCCCCCUAGACCUCAUCCACCAGAGAGCGCACGAGUAGGAGAAGUGGUAAUCCAGACAGGAGAACAUCGAGAUUCCGUAAUGCUCACUCUGCUGACCACUUUUAAGCAGUACCCAGGUCUGCAGGUGAGGUGGAAAGACGACUCCAUUCUGGAUGUGCCUCACCGCCCUGGCCUCCUUGUAGUAAACAUAGGGAUGGUUCUAGCUGCCAUCAGUGGGGGUAAACUCAAGGCCACAAGUCACCGAGUUAUUGAUUGUUGUGGUGAUCGGUUUUCAGUGCCGUUCUUCCUGGAGCCGCGGUACCAUGGCAACAUCAACAUCGUGUUACCUGGCGGGACACCAACCCUUACCACGGACCCAGAGGAGGAAGUGCCUUAUGGGCCCUGGAUCUUCAAUAAAAUAACUAGGUUCGCUGAGUACAAAGACUUGAUCAAAAGGGUGGCUAAGGAUGGUACCUCGAUGUAGUUACUGGUUGUUUUGUUAAUGUAGGAUCGUAUGGUUCACCUACCCUAACUUAACCUAACCUAACCUCCCCAGCUUAUUUUAAUUAAUUUAUCUCCCUAACUUAACCUAA